UGCAGCUCUUCUAAGCCUUGCAGGUCGCAGAGGUUGCACAUAUAUAUAAGCCUCCAUUCGCAUGUUUCAUGAGAGGCCAAGGCAGAACACUGAAAAUCGGGACUACGCACAGACACUCCGGAUCGACAUGGGAGCCCUAGUCAUUGCGCUCGCAUUGUUCGCCACGUAUAACCUCGGAAGUGCUGAAAAUAUCUUUUCGAAGGUUACUGCAGGACCCUGCUAUCACACUCCGGACAAUGACUGGACCGACAGCGUGAACACCUUCUUACGGAAAAUACCUGAAACAAUGAGAAUGGGCUACUUGGACGACAGCUGGUUAAGCACGUUGUCGCUCGAAAAUCCGCAACUGGCAGGCUUAGGAAGCUUGUGGUACUACAAACCUCCGUACGUAUUCUGUGCCAAUAACAACACUUUCAUCGAAGUCGUUGUGUUCGCCGAGGACCCACUGCGAAUCAGUGUGGAUUGGAGGAGCUGCACCAGCAGCAAUGGAACAUUAGGAUCCACGGUCUCCGCCACCAACCUGCGGCUCUUGUUCUCGGUUCAGCCAACCACCAACGGUCCUGUCCAAAUACGGCUUCACACCGUCAAACCCGACAACCUUGAGGACCCGACGUUGUUCGUGACGGGAGCCAGCGACAGGACGAGUAAAUUCGUGAGGGCCAUCAGCAAUUUGGCAAUGCCAUACCUCGAGCUCGGCUGGAAGAGCUACCUUCGUGACAAUAUGAAGUCGCUCAUUGACAUAUAUGCGGCCUAACAACGAAUUGCCACUGCUUCAACUAAAGAUCUGGAAGCCAGAAAGAAUAAAGCGAAAUAAGGCUGAGCAUCAAAAA